CAUCGCCGUCGCAUGUAAUUCUCUGCUGCUGACUGUUCCUCCGAACAUCCCCAAAAUGUUGUGGAGAUUCCUGUGUGCAUCGACAAGCGUAGCAGCAGCAGCUCUGCAGACCCUCCCGCCGGUAGAAUGGAUCAGUGCCAACAACACUGCCUAUGGUCGCGGGCUCGCUCCGGCUGAUCUGCCGACGACAAUAUACAUCCAGAGGGACUUCGCAAACGUUACCGACAAGAAUGGCCUGACCCUAAUACCGCCCACCGCAUACGAGUUUGCCGACACCUUCCGCCAAGAUCUGGCCCAAGUUUUCGGGGGUAAUUGGGAGCUGAAGACCGUCGAUUCAUCACCAAGUAAGGGCAUUUUCCUCCGCGCAUUUCGAAGCAAUGCCAGCGCUCCAACGUAUGAAAACGGGGAGCCUACUGAAGAAGCCUAUGAGUUGGAGAUCAGCAACGGGCUUGCAACCAUUGGCGGCACAGGGGCGCGCGGCAUGUUUUGGGGCACACGAACCCUGCUUCAAAAGCUGUCCAUCGCGAAUGGAUCGCCUAUUCCUCCAGGACGCGUAGUGGACUCACCCGCGUAUGCAACGCGCGGAUACAUGCUAGAUGCAGGGCGUAAGUGGUAUACGGCAGGCUUCCUGAAAGAACUUUGCACGUAUGCAUCGUUCUUCAAGAUGUCAGAGUUCCAUUAUCACUCCAGCGACAACUAUCCCUUGAACCGUGGACACAAUGAGACGUGGAACCAAGUUUUUUCUCAUUUCUCGUUGAACCCUGAAAAUAAUACGGAGCUUCGCGGUCUUAUCCAACGUCCCAACGAGACGUUGUCGAGGGCGGAUUUUGAGGAUUUUCAAAAGCAUUGCGCUCAGAGAGGAGUCACUGUCAUUCCUGAAAUCGAGGCUCCAGGACAUUGCCUUGCCGUGACCAAGUGGAAACCCGAACUCGCGCUCCCCAAGAAAGACCUAUUGAAUCUCACGCAUCCCGACGCGAUCCCAACGAUCAAAUCCAUUUGGGCCGAAUUUCUACCAUGGUUCCAGACCAAAGAAGUCCACAUCGGCGCAGAUGAAUACGACUCCAAGUUGGCUGACGAUUACAUCAACUUCGUCAACACCAUGUCCGACUUCGUGAAGUCAACAUCAGGCAAACGUAUCAGAAUUUGGGGAACCAACGAGCCAUCAGAUAACCUUACCAUUAACAAAGACAUCGUUAUUCAACACUGGCAAUAUGGAGAGUCAGAUCCUGUUCAACUUCAGAAAGACAAUUAUACCCUGAUCAAUUCAAACGACUGGUGGGCAUACAUGAGUCUCAAAAACGACCAUACACCCAUCCUACCUUUGCCAUACCCGCAAUUUUACAAUGUUACGCGCACGAUGAACUUCGCUAACGUUGACGGGUGGCAGUGGGAUCCUUCCGUGUUCAAUCCUGUCAACACAACUCAGCAGCUAGAACCCGGCGCGAAAGUAAACAAAGGUGCUAUUUUAGCGGCUUGGAGCGAUAACGGGCCGGAUGCUACGACCCAGCUUGAAGCAUACUAUGCCAUGCGCGAAGGCAUUCCCGUCGUCGCGGCACGUGCGUGGUCCGGUCACAGGGGAACAAACAUUAGCGCCAAAGAUCUCGAAGCCACGCUCAAGUACCUGACGCCAUUGGCACCUGGCCAAAACCUCGACCGCCGUAUUCCAAACUCCCAGAGGCCUUCUAAAGAUACUCCUUUGUUCACAUGGACACGUCCAACCAGCAGUCAAGCAGAUGUCACGUUAGGAAAAGGAUCAUACGGACCGCCAUACACGUUAACGCUCAACGUUACGUCUCCAUUCACAUUGAGCGGACCCGAUACUUCACUCACUGUCGAACCCAUAUCAACCAAUCUGACUGCAUGGGCGAAUUCGACACUUGUGUUCAGCACAUCCGAUAAUUUCCCCUAUCCGCUUCGCUCGACUGCUUUGGAUGACGGCUAUGAUCCCGGCCACCCUGGUCGCAUAUGGGUCAAUGAAUCAAGUUCUUCACACGAAGAAGUGCCAAUCAUCCUUCCAGCUACCAUCCGUAUAGAAACCGAUGUCGUGAAUGGAAGCAGAGUGUGGGUGGAUGAUGAGUACAAGGGUCGAUUUGAGGUGUUCGUUUUUGGUGGCCGUAAUACCCAAUUUUCGUGGUCACAGAUGGCUUUGGUAGCGCCGUUACAAACAGUCCUCGGAGGGGUUGAAAGUAUUGUGCUUGAGGAAGGCACUGGUGGGAAAGGUGAUAACGUAACUGACCCCUCGCAAAAGCCUGCGGAAGUGAGUGCAGGUUCUCAGGGUGCAGCAAGUAUAUCUGCCCUCAUCGUGGCCAUUCUGGCCACGAUGUUCCUGGGAGGGACAUAG